CAAAUUAAUGCAUUCAUGUUUUAAAGGCGUGUUCAUCUAGCUUACAGCUUCACUAAGCGGCUGCUACCGUUCGCAACUACCGCGUUUACACGCUAACUAUAGGAAUCCGACACCAAUUCCAUGUGGUGGCUUAAGCUGCGCCGGCGUUGGGCGCAACCCCGGCGUUGGGCGCAGCUCACCAGGGGAUUGCAAGCCGCCAGCAAUAUACCCCCGCGAGGCUUCGUUCGCUACAUCCAUGAAGAUGACCGAUUCUCUACUGAUCGUGUACCAGAGGACGUCCCGCCCUAUAUUCCCGGGCAGGAGUCGCCGGCGUACGUGGUCCGGAAAACAGGCUAUGACCUCCUCAAAGACCCUUGGUGCAACAAGGGUUCCGCCUUCCCUCGCUCGGAGCGGGACCGGUUGGGGCUGCGGGGGCUGCUGCCGCCCAGGAGCCUCACCAUGGAGCUGCAGGUAGCCCGCUUCAUGCAGGACUACCACCACCCGGUGCACUUCAUCCCGCCGGAGGAUGUGGAGCUGGGCGGCGUGACCUCGGAGAUGGCGCGCAGGUGGAAGGCGCUGCAGGCGCUGCACGACCGGAACGAGACGCUCUUUUACCGUGUGCUGUUUGAGAAUUUCACGGAGAUGGCCCCCAUCAUCUACACCCCCACGGUGGGCUGGGUGUGCCUCAACUUCCAUAAGCUCUACCGCCGACCCCGCGGCAUGUACUUCAGCGCAGCAGACCGGGGGGACAUGGCCGCUAUGGUGUACAACUGGCCGCAGCGGGACGUGCAGGCCAUUGUCGUGACGGAUGGCAGCCGGAUCCUGGGGCUCGGAGACCUAGGCGUGAAUGGUCUGGGCAUUCCCAUCGGCAAGCUAGACCUGUACUGCGCGGCAGCAGGCUUCUCCCCUAGCAAAGUGCUGCCGGUGGUGAUUGACGUGGGGACAAACAACGAGACGCUGCGAGCCAACCCGCACUACGGCGGGCUGCGAUGCUCGCGCAUCACCGGGCCCGAGUACUUUUCGAUUGUGGACGAGUUUGUGACGGCGGUGAUGUCUCGCUGGCCCAACGCCAUCCUGCAAUUCGAGGACUUCUCCAUCGACCACGCGGUGCCCCUGCUGGAGCGCUACCGCCAACACCACCUCGUCUUCAACGACGACAUCCAGGGCACGGCGGCGACAGCGCUGGCGGGCCUGUACGGCGCCCUGCGCGUCAUGAACAUGCCGCCCUCGGCGCUCACGGAGCAGCGGAUCGUGUGCGUGGGUGCGGGCUCGGCGGGCAUGGGCGUGGCGAAGAUGAUUGCCGCGGGCAUGACGAAGCAGGGUCUCAGUUUGGCGGAGGCGACGAAGCGCUUCUGGGUGCUCGAUUAUAUGGGCCUUAUCACAAAGAAGCGAUCCGACGUGGCUAACUUUGUGAAGCCGUUUGUGCGGGAAGAGAAGCAGCACGAGGGGGAGUCGCUGCUGUCGGUCAUCAAACGGGUCAAGCCCACCAUCCUGCUCGGUCUGGCGGGCGCGGGGCGGCUGUUCAACAAGGAGGUCCUCACCGCGCUGUCGGAGGGCUGCCCGCAUCAGCGACCCAUCAUCUUCCCCAUGUCCAACCCCACCAGCCGCAUGGAGUGCACGGCGGAGGAGGCGCUGCGGGUCACGAAGGGCCGAGCCAUCUUUGCAAGCGGCAGUCCGCAGCAGCCAGUGCAGAUGCCGGAUGGGGGUACGGUGGCGGUGUCGCAAGCGAACAACAUGUACAUCUUCCCUGGCAUCGCGUUGGGAUCCUUCCUGGGCCAGACCCGGGUGAUCACGGACGACAUGCUGAUGGCGGCGGCGGAGGCGCUGCCCAAGCUGGUCCACCCGGAGGACCUGGCCAAGGGCUUGGUGUACCCCCGCCUGGCGGACAUUCGCGACAUCUCGGCGCGCGUCGCCACCGCUGUCGCCUGCGCCGCCGGCAAGGAGGGCCGCCUGCGGGGCCCCUUGCUGGAGAAGUACGGGCAGGGGCCUGAUGCCAUGCGGGCCUACAUCGCCAGUCGGAUGUUCUAUCCGGAGUACUCGUCGCUUGUGCAUGUGCCGCCUGGUGUGGACGAAUAAGGCGGCGGGAGCUUGAGGGGGCUUUCGGAGCGUUUCGGAGUGAACUGGGAUAAGGCGGAGCAGGAGAGGUGGAAGGGGGGCGGGCGAGGGGCGGGCGGAGGCGUCAUGCGGUUCGUUGGCCCACAGGCAGGGUCGCAUGCGUGCUAUUUUUACGACAAGGGGGUCACCUGGCCGCGGCAUGCAGUGUCGUACGGCUCUUGGAUUCGGAAGCACCGUGAGCGAGGGAGGAUGGAAAGUAAGGCCCAGGCCGUUGACACGGCAUGGGCUGAGUAGCGCUGCUCGCGCGUGUGGUAGUAACUGAGUGCGCAUUGCAAUGUUACCACCCCACAUGAAGGUGACACAUUGGCUCGAGAGGCGGCGCCUGUGCUGGGCUAAACCCCUGUUGGCGUCUAGUAUACGAGCAGAGCGUUGGGAGAACGUCGGCAUGAAGCCGUUGGGCUUAGUACCGCGUCUGGCAGCACCGGGAAAGCGUGAUGACGUGAGGCGAGCGGUGUUGUGACGGUGUUGGUGGUGUACAGGAGGAGUGGGAACCAGUGCACCGGCUAUACACGUGGCCACGCUUUUUAUUAGAGCAGGAGAAGACUAGGACAGGUGCAGAACAGACAAGCUGUCACAGGGGAAAGCAUACAGGGGAGCGGGGCCUAGUCAGGGGAGAGGGGCCUAGGUGUAGGAGUACAGGUAUCAGGUCUACGUUUGUUUAAGCAGCAGUUUUGUUUCGGCUGGUUCCGUUUGACUAGUUGUGUGUCAGUGGUAAAGCAGUAGUAAUGUGGAGCGUUUGAUGGGGGGGCAAAGCCGUUUUGCGGAUUGCACUUAAUGGUUACCGCAUUGUGGCCGGUUGGCAAUGUACGGCAGCGGCACCGCCUAUCGUGCAAUGCUGUGUGCUGUUGAUACGGUUAUGCUGGCCUGGUGCUUCCAUCCUUGUCAAUCGCAAAACGGCUGUGCUAAGUGGGUGCUGUGCAGCGGCGCUGUCUUCGUCUCUUGACAAGAUGACUUAUUUUUGGACACGUUACAUCGCGACUUGACGAUGACAGUCCUGUGCACGUUAUGGCUGGUCGGCAAAGGCGAGUCGACCGAAAAUCCACGGAGUGUGGUCUUGAGCGGAGUUCGACAAUCAUGGAUGAAGUGCUCGGGCGGGAAGAGAAUGGAAUGGGUGACGACCUGGGAGCUGAUACUAAGCAUUGACAACUGGCUUCCUGCGUUCGUAAGCGUGUGAGCAAGGUAUGAUUUGACAGGACGGAAUGCGAAGUGACCCAUGGGUCAGUCUGGAGAGUUGCACGUUGGCACCUUUCCAAGCGUGCUCGGCGAUUAUGUGGACGGGCAUAAGCAGUGGUGUACUGUGUUUAGCAGGUCGCGAAAGCGUUUUGCUGCAGCGGGGCGUGGUUCCGUUCGUUGUUUGCGAUGGUGGACGUGCCGUGCGGGCACGUGUCACGGAGGGCCGCUAUUAGGAGGAGGAGUCCCGGGGAAGUUCUGCGGCUCCUUGGGGCUAUUCUGCAAGCGGUUUCGGCGGUGCAGGGCUGUGGACUGUGCGUGCUAGCGACGCCAGUUACAUAGCGAAGGAAUUGAACUGAUUCUUUUUCGGUCAUGGGCCCCAUGCGGCCCUAUGCCAGGGGGGCCUCCCUCUUGCUUGCUGCUCGGAUCGUCCCAACAGGCGAUCCUAACCGGGCCGGUUCCCGUCACAUUCAGGGUGAAGCGCGCCCAGAUGCCUGUUGGGAGUUUUGUGCCAAGCAGCAUGCGCAGUUUUCGGUUGGGCCUCUGUCACGAGCUCGGAUACAUUGCUGCUUUAUUUUUUCGUCUCGCUGGGUGUAGGUCCCGUUUCGUUUGGGUACUAGAACGGAAGCGUGCAGGCUGGGGAGCGGCCCCUGCUGAGCGGCUUGUAACUUCCUAGUUAAUU